UCCUACCUAUUACCCAUGCUGUCUUUACUGUGGUGACUGGACUUGUGUGAAGACUGCUCAAGGAAUAAGAUUUUAAAGGUGAUCUUUUUUCCAUCAGUAUCACUAGACUGAGGAGAAUGUGAGCAUUAUUUUUAAUUCACUUAUAAUGCUUGCUUGUUACUUGCAUAGAGAGAUUUUUAUGUAAUAGGUUCAUUUUCAUAAUAUUAAGCUGCUUUCAUGUUGUGUAUUCUAGCUUUUAUGUCGUUUGACAGCCUUUGUAAACUCUAGCAAGAUUAAUAUCUUAAUAGUCUUUGUCAUCCUGUUAACGUUAUCUCUUUUUCUGCAUUCUGUAUUACUUGUAAGGACUAAAUAUGAAAGAGAUGGUGCCAAACCCUAAUGAGUUAGAGUUGGACUCAGUAGAGGUUACAGAACCCCAAGAAACCCAAACAUGCUACAGAUGUAAUAAGCCCUCAGGUUGUGUGUCUUCAUCCCAGAUUGGAUCGAAUGUUAUCACUUUUCUCAAGAGAAAUGCUUUUGUUGUUGUCACAAUGACUGCUGUUGCGUUAGGUAUUGGCUUGGGUUUUGCUCUGCGACACAUUAAUAUGUCAGCCAGGGAUAGACAAUAUUUAACCUUUCCUGGAGAGAUGAUGAUGAGAAUCCUGCAGAUGUUGGUUCUUCCUCUCAUCAUUUCCAGUCUGAUUACAGGAAUGUCAUCUGUGGAGAAGAGGGCUUAUGGGAAAAUUGGAUUAAGGGCCUUCACUUAUUACAUGAUCACUACAUUUAUUGCUGCGUUCACUGGCAUUGCCCUUGCUCUUUUUAUCCAACCAGGAAAAUCAUCCGGGACUGUCUCAGUGUCCUCUGGUGGUAAUGCAGAGGCUGUGCAGACUGUGGAUUCCUUUCUAGAUCUAAUCAGAAAUAUGAUUCCCUCAAAUCUAGUGGAAGCGUGUUUCAGAAAGUAUAAAACAAUUUAUUCCGGGAGUGUUUCUACAGGAAAGACUUGUGGUGUCAACAAUGUGACUGAGACCAGCGAAAACAAUCACAGAGUACCAGUACCAAGCACCUCAAAUGGAGUCAAUAUAUUGGGUCUGUUGGUCUUCUCUGUUGCCUUUGGCCUCAUCCUGGGCAGUAUGGAUACUGAGGGAAAACCUCUAAAGGAUUUCUUUGACUGCCUGAAUAAAGCCAUUAUGCAUCUGGUCAACAUGGUCAUCUGGUAUUGUCCAGUGGGAAUCCUCUUCCUGCUGGCAGGACAGAUUGUGAAGAUGACAGACACUGGAAAGAUAGGUCGUGAAGUUGCCAUGUAUACUCUCACUGUGAUCACUGGCCUGCUAAUCCACAGUUUCUUCACUCUGCCCCUCAUCUAUUUAAUGGUCACACGUAAGAAUCCCUUUAGGUUUAUGGGCAGUCUACUCCAGGCUCUCACCACCGCCUUUGGGACUUCAUCCAGCUCUGCAACCCUACCUGUUACCUUAAACUGUAUGGAGGAAAAUCACAACAUGGACAAACAAGUGACCCGCUUCAUGCUCCCUGUUGGGGCCACAAUGAACAUGGAUGGUGCAGCGCUCUAUGAAGCUGUGGCUGCUUUAUUCAUUGCCCAGGUUAAUAAUAUGGAGUUUAACCUGGGUCAAGUCAUUGUCCUCAGUUUGAUUGUCACAGCUGCGAGUACUGGUGCGGCCGGCAUCCCACAGGCUGGCAUGGUUUCUAUGGUGAUUGUGUUGUCAUCAGCUGGGCUGCCCACUGAAGACAUCUCACUGCUCAUGAUUGUUGAUUGGAUUCUGGAUCGUCUAAGGACUGCCACCAAUGUGCUGGGUGACUGUAUCGGUGUGGGUGUAGUGCAGCAUCUGUCCAGACAUGAACUACAGAGUGUUCAGUUCCGAGCUUCAUGAGGCUUGAUAGCAUCCCUUUCUAGUGGCCAAAACUCAUGUGAUAUGUUAUUGUUGAACUACACCAAAAUUGUUAAUUAAUGAGAUUAAUUUUACUAGCCAGUAUACAGUUUUAGCAGUUGUAGUUCAUACUUAUUUAGCUUACAAUAUAGACAGUUGACUUGCAAUUGUUUUUGGAACAGAGGUUAGGAGUGGGGAUUAACUGCCCCCGCUCCUGCUGGUGGAGUGAUACAUUUUGGAGACAUAACCUUCAGUACUUGAGGAGCAGGAGGAGUUAACAGCACACUUUCUGCAGUGUUGCAGUUUAAUCUCGAAUUGUUAUAGGCUGACAGUGUUUGUAAAUAGAAUAAACAUAAUAUUAAUUAAAAUAACCAAUGUUUUGCAUGUAUACUGUAA